AUGAUGGUCCAACACUCAGGCCAGGUAUCUGCAUUAGAAGUCAGCGCCUCCGCAAUUGUUCCCACUUUGUCCCCUGCAGGGUCACUGGGGUUUGAUGAUUUCACAAAUUUAACCCCACUGGUGAAAGAGGAACUGAGGUUCGCCAUUCAGAAUAAGCGUCAGUCCCACAGGAUGUCUUCUACAUUGGACACGGUGACAGUUUCUGAAAGGCCAAUUGAAACAUCAAUCAUGAAAACAGAGUUUUCUCCUGAAGAGGAUGAAAGGAAAAAGCGAAGAAGGGAAAGGAACAAAAUCGCUGCUGCAAAGUGUCGAAACAAAAAGAAGGAAAAAACAGAAUGUUUGCAGAAAGAAUCAGAAAAGCUGGAAACUAUCAAUGCCGAAUUAAAAGCCCAGAUUGAAGAGCUAAAGAAUGAGAAGCAGCAUUUGAUAUACAUGCUAAAUCUUCACAGGCCCACUUGUAUAGUUCGGGCACAAAACGGAAGGACACCUGAAGAUGAAAGGAAUCUUUUUAUUCAACAAAUCAAAGAAGGCACGUUACAAGGUUAAGUGAUAUGGCAAACAUGGAAAUAUUUAUAGUGUUUUUAACAACUACCAGAAUCCAUGGAGGAUCUGACAUAAUGUGUAGGAUUCUAUUAGUCAAGAGCCUUUAGGAAGGGCAGAUUGCUUUCUUAAGCAGAAAGAAUCAUUUUGGCUUGACAGCGAUUCUUCCCCUUGGAAGAUCUGGUCUCAAUCAAAUUGAAGAGUCUUCUGCCUCAAAUAUAGGUUUUGCACCUGUCAUACUUGCUGUUCCUAGGAGCUACAGACAACAGCUUCAGAAGUUUUAGCUCUCUGCUAGUACACAGUAUCUGCACUCACGACGUUUGUGCUAGAACACUAUGACUUCCGAUGAUGCACAUGGUACAGACAGCCGUGCUGGAUGGACACUCCUUUUCCUUGUUGCUGGUAGGGAAAGCAGACUGAGAGUAUUUUUAAAAAGUUUUGAAGUUUCCAGGAGGAAAGUUUCUGGCAGAAUGUACUGAUACAGAACAUUGCAUU